UCAUUAUGGCUAAAGUUGCUGCGGCAGACAGCAAACAAAGAAAGCGAGAAGAUUUAGCGCGGUUAGGUUGAUUCCUGAAUGCAUCUUUCAUAAUGCAUGUAUUGAGUGUAUUCUAUGUGAAACUGUUUGUUACGAAUGAUUUGCAACGCGUUUAGUUGUUCGUGAUCUUGAAACGCGUGUAAGAAAACAUGCGCAAGUCAUCUAUUCUUCAGCAAUCUGCAAAUAAGAAAUUUAACAGCCCUUUCUUGAAGCCAGCGUCGACUGCUUCAGCUGUGAGAGAAAAGGAACAGCCAGAGCUUUGCAGCACUGCGACUGGGUCUCACAAGGGGGCUCAGAAAAGAAGUAUUGGUGAUAUAGUGAACCUUGUCAACCAAUCCCCAGCUGCACAAGACGCAGUGAAGAAGGUCCGUGUAGAGCUGAAUGCUCAACCCAGACAUUCACCGGAUGCUGACAGCUGUAAUGAAAGCCUACCAACACUGCCAACACCAGUGCAGAAUACCAGAACACAGUUACCUCAGUCUGAUGCACCAGGAGCCACUAACAACGCUCGUUACUACAGUGUUGUCUGGUGCAAGAAGUCAAUGAAAAAACACAAGAAGUGGGAAGGUGAUGCUGUGCUCAUAAUCAAAGGACGGUCAGCCACAUUGAGAAGCAUGGAGGGAAAAGAAUUGUCGUCUGCAUUUGGAUACAAAGUGAGGGAGGUUGAUGCAAUUGAAGAAGGAAGCAUUUUCAGCAUUGGUGGCAAGGAAUGUGAGAUACAAGCUUCCAUAUCUACCGAAGAGUACCUUUCAGGGCGCUGUUUCAGUGAUGGGUUUGUACCUGUGGCCACGCAAGAGGACUCAUUACAGCCACGUUCAGCACCUCCACUUAAGACGUCAACACAGCAACACGCCACAGUCAAGUUCCCAGCUUUUAGAAGUCCUCACGUGGGAAGCCUUCCUUCUAACACAAGCAGCAAAAAGAUUUUCAUCCCACUGCCCUGUCCGCUGAUCAAGCCAGACUCACUAGUCAUGCCUCGCCCAAGCAGCAUUCAUCAAUGGGACCAUAACAAGAAGAACCUUCCCGUGACAGAUGUGGUUGUGGAAGACUCACUCGCUCGAUGCUUGCGGCCUCACCAGCGUGAAGGCCUCGUCUUUCUCUAUGAGUGUAUCAUGCAGAUGCGAGCUUUUGAUGGAUGCGGUGCGAUUUUGGCGGAUGAAAUGGGCCUUGGAAAGACCCUGCAGUGCAUUGCACUUAUAUGGACACUUCUGAGGCAAGGACCAUACGGUGGGCAACCAUUUCUUCGUAAAGUCAUCAUCGUGACACCGAGCAGCCUCGUUAAGAAUUGGGUCAAAGAGUUCAAGAAGUGGCUGCAGAACAGAAAUCUUCGAGUCUACCAUGUUGAUCAGAACAACAAAAUUGAUGUCUUUUUAAGUCAACCGUCCACCUAUCCUGUGCUGAUUCUCUCAUAUGAAAUGUACAUGCGUGUCAGCAAUAGCCUCGCCAGCAUCAACUUUGACCUGCUGAUCUGUGACGAGGCACACAGGUUGAAGAAUGCCAACAUCAAAACCACAGAGUCUCUGCACAACUUGGGGACCCUACGUAGAAUCCUGCUGACAGGGACACCUGUACAGAAUGACCUGCAAGAGUUUUUUGCCCUCGUUGAUUUCUGCAACCCUGGAAUAUUAGGCAAGUCGUCAAGUUUUCGCCGCAUUUAUGAAGAACCGAUUCUGAGGUCGCAACUUCCGGGGGCCACAGAAGAAGAGAAGGAGCUGGGCCAGGCGCGUGCCAACGAAUUGAUGCAGGUCACUGCUCCGUUCAUCCUCCGCCGGACCCAAGAUGUCAUUCAAAGCUACCUUCCUGGAAAAGUCGAGUGCGUUGUCUUCUGCCGCCCUCAACCGCUUCAGCUAGCACUCUACCAAAACCUGCUGGAUACAAACAUGGUGCGGGCUUGCCUAAGCAGUUAUCUGUCAACUGAUGCGAACUGUCCCCUGGCUUGCAUUCUGGCUCUUCGAAAACUCUGCAACCAUCCCCUACUUGUUGCGUCCCAGGAAUUUGCUGACAAAGAUGAGGAUGCCGGUUUAGCAACUCUACAUGCCGAAGCUCGCAGAUGUCUCGCUUCAGAACUUGAUCCCAUGUUGAUGGACCUCGAAGCGGGUUCUGGCAAGCUCACGGUUUUGGCUGCUAUGCUUCAUUCUCUGUGGACUUCCUUGCCUCGGGAGCGGAUAGUCCUGGUAUCAAACUUCACAAAGACUCUGGACAUUCUUGAAGACGUGUGCACUCAGAAAGAGUAUCCUUUCCUGAGGCUGGAUGGGUCCACCUCGUCGAUGCAGCGCCUGGAGCUUGUCGAGCGAUUCAACUCUCCACACUCAAACUGCUUUGUGUUUCUGCUCAGCUGCAAAGCUGGUGGCGUGGGGCUCAACCUUGUUGGAGCCAGUCGCAUUGUUCUGUAUGACGUGGACUGGAAUCCGGCAAAUGAUCUGCAGGCCAUGGCACGUGUUUGGAGGGAUGGCCAAUCUCGCCAUGUUUCCAUCUACAGACUUCUGACCACGGGCACCAUUGAAGAGAAGAUAUUCCAGCGGCAAGUGACAAAACAGGAACUCAGUGGAGCUGUGCUGGAUAACAAGAAGGAUGGCAAGAGAGCCAAGUUCUCCCUUGAAGACCUGAAGGACCUGUUCACGCUUGAUGAAGAAACCAGGAGUUCUACUCACAAGUUGCUGGGUUGUAGGUGCGACAGUAUCGAGGAAACUGACGAUGAUUUCUGUGACAGUCAUACCCAAGCUGACUCUGCAAAUGAGCCAAGUAAAAUCCCUAAGCGUUCAUCUCAGCUGGGGAGUGCAACAAGUCACAGCAUCAUCGGAAAGAAGCUUGGCAUGAGUGAUCUGCUCCGGUGGGAACACAUUCCUGCACCAAUUGGCGAGCACUUUUUACAGGACCCUCACCUGGUUGCUGCAGAGGACAACAUCACAUUUGUUUUCCGUAACACUGUCUCAAAAGCACAAACCGAAAAUGAUGUCAGUGCACAACUGUAGCCAUCCACGUCACCCUCCUUAUUUCAAGUGUGUUUGUGAACAAGCACCACUAAUCAUUCAUGCUCAUUACUGUAUUCAUAGUUUAUUUUAGUCUUUGACCAUGAGCAUACAUAUUUAUGUCGGUUGCAAUGUCUAGCAAUAUUAAUAAAGAAAUUAUAUGCUUCGAA